CUUCGGUGGUGUUGGCAGGCGGCAAAGCCGGGCGAAGCUUCGGCUGGCGGCGGUGCUCAGCCAGUCCCGCAGCGGCCGCGGUGGGUGUGCCCCGCAAGGCGUGCGCCCCAAGCCCAAGCGGAUCCUGCCGGCAAGAGUGCGCCCGAGGUUGUGCGCGCCCCGGAUGCCGACUGUGCACCAGCCCGGGUGUGCGCGCCCGGGACGGGGAUUGUGCACCCGGAGGCUGCGUGUGCCCCGAAGCCUGGCUGUGCGCCGGCCCCCUAGAACGGCCGGCCGUCUCCCGCCCGACUCCCGCGGCUCGCCAAGUAGAGAAUCAGCAGGAUUGAUUGAGCACUUGCCACCUGCAAGGCUCUGGGCUGGUGCCCUCAAGGAUACCCAGAAGCAUGAAAGAGGUGCCUUGACUUGAAAAAGCCCCAUAAUCUGGCUGGAAGAAAAUACAGACAUAGGCGGUCAGCACAGAGUCUGCCUCAGCAUCUCUACAGGACCCAGAAAACUGGAAAUGCUACUUGUCUCCAGAAAGAGGUCUGAAGAAGUGGGGUGCUCAUCCCUGUCCGGCUGCCUUAAGCUGCCGUGAGGAUAAGUGGGACCUGGGAUGUGAAGUGCUUUCCGAGUGUGGCUGCAUGCAGGCAGCAUUUCAGGGUGCAGUAGUGGUACUGGGUUUUGUGAGCCUGGAGCCUCUGUGCCCACAUCUCAUACCCGCUUCUGCUCCAAAGAGCUGGGGCUGUAGUGGACUGGCUGGGACUCUUCGCAGCGCCUGCCUGGGACACUGAGACCUUCCUCCUCUGCAGCUGCCUUCUCCCAGCUCCGGCACCCGCCCCUCUGAAGUCCCUGAUCUGCUGCGCUGCAGUUGGAAACCCUGCCAGGUGCUGGAUCCUUACAGUAGAGCUGUCUGACAAGUUUUACAAACUUCUCAGAUGAAGAGUGCCUGAGAGACUGACGGUCAGCAUUCCCUGCGAUGGAGAAGACAGAUGCCAAAAACCAGGCCUCUCAGGGGGAUGAAGAGAAAGACUCUCCAAAGAGCCACCCCUACUCCGUGGAGACCCCAUAUGGAUUUCAUCUAGAUCUGGACUUCCUCAAGUAUGUGGAUGACAUUGAGAAGGGACACACCAUCAAGAGAAUACCUAUCCACAGAAGGGCCAAGCAGGCCAAGUUUAGCACUUUGCCUCGAAACUUCAGCCUUCCCGACAGUGGGACUCGCCCCCAUGCUACUCUUCCCCACCAAAACUGGUCCCCGGUGGUGCUGAGGAAGGUAUCGCUCGGGACAGAGGAGCGAGCUCAGUCACUACCGUUUGGUGAUCACCCCCAAGCCUCCUCCAGUGGGAGUGAGGUGAGCUAUCACAGGAAGGCCCUGUUGGCGGAGACCGCCAGACACCUGGAGGCUGCUGCUCCCCGGGAGGCCGAGCUCGCCUCCGGGAGUGGACGGCCCCAACUGUUGAGAGCAUCCAGCAUGCCAGCCACACUGCUGCAAGCCAGGGCCUCAGAGGACCCCAGCCUAAAUUCGGGUCCCCCUACACCUCCCGCUCUCCCUCCACUUCAGGGCGAAGACAGUGUCUGCGAUGGCAUUUUUGGCCCCGCAGAAGGAUUUUCAGGUUUUCACAACUCCACCCCGCGAGCAGCAACCCAACAAAAAAGCAAAGAGUUUGGAGACCUGGUGCCAGGGAUUCCGGAGCUGGUCCAGGAGGCGGCUGAGCCUCUAGAGGGUGAAAAAGAGGCUCCACAUCACUUCUCUCUCCCAAGUCCUCCUUUCUCAUCCCAGACUGCACUUUUAGUUCUAGAGGAUGUAGAGGACGAACAUGAAACCAGAGAAGCAGAGGUGGUGGUCACUCCUGGCUCCCCAGCACCAAGCCUCCCACCUCUGCCAUCACCCAUCCCAGAGAAUGAGCUCCCCUUAGAAGAAAUCGAGCUCAGCAUCAGCGAGAUUCCGCCCCCACCACCGGUAGAGGUAGACGUGAGGAGCAUUGGCGUCCGGGUCACAGAAGAAAGUCUCGGCCUCACCACGAUGGAUCUUGGCAGCAUCUCCGGCCUCAAGCAGCAACUCUCGGACCUUGAGGGAGAGUUGUCUGGAAGAACUGAAGAACUGGCUCAGGUCAGAGCUGCCCUCCAGCAGCAAGAGGAGGAAAUCAAGGCUAGGGAGGGAAGGAUUCAAGAGCUAGAGUGCACUGUUGCUCAACUGACAGAAAAGCUUAGCCACGAGAACACCAAAGACACUAAGGGCCAAACUGACGCCAUGAUCAAUACUGACCCUCUCCACGGACUCUUGACCAGGGAGUUGUGUGACAAGAGCAUUGGGGUCAACCUUCUGAGCAGCACAGAAUCUGAAAGCUGGGGGGUCAGAGGAGAGGAGAAUGGCCUCCUCUGUGGGCAGGACAGUCACGAACAGGGGGAUCAGAGCCCAGCAGAAUUUGUGCCACCAUCCCAGUUGUCGCUGCCACAGGGACCCAAGGUGGUCCUCACCUCCUCAUUGCAUAGCUGCCUCUCCACUGAGCUCAGGAUUGAAGAAGCAGGCUCUGAGCCAGAGGGAGAACCUCAGGUGGGAGCCAAGGGUCUGGUCAAGGGAGCAGGUGGCUCUUCAUGGAGCAGUGACAUAAAGACUCCCCCAGCAGGGAAGGAGGAGGCCAGUUCAGAACUCCCUGGGAAGGAGUGCCCAGGAAGGCCACCGAGCUCACCCACAGAUGCCACUAUUGGCCAAUAUGUUAAGAAGAUCCAGGAGCUCCUGCAGGAGCAGUGGAGCUGUCUGGAGCACGGGUACCCAGAGCUAGCCAGUGCCAUCAAGCAGCCUGCCUCCAAGCUCAGCAGCAUCCAGCGCCAGCUCCUGAGCUCCCUCAACCUGCUGCUGUCUGCCUACUCAGGCCAGACUCCACCCCAGAAGGAGUCGCCAGUGCCCCCAUCCUCCCCACCAAUGGAGAUCUCCCCGUCGACCAGCCUUAAAUCCAUAAUGAAAAAGAAAGACUAUGGCUUCCGUGCAGGAGGUAAUGGGACCAAAAAGAACCUUCAGUUUGUUGGGGUUAACGGUGGCUACGAGACCACCUCAAGUGAGGAGACCAGCGGUGAGGAUAGCUCCCCAGAAGACUUGUCUGACAGCGAGGCUGAAAAGAAAUGUGAUGGCCCAGAACGUAGGCAGGGCAAGGAUGCCCACCCCAGCUGCAAGGUGGGCCAGGGCCUCUCCGAAGUCGCCCACAACACAGGCCAGGAAAGUGGGCCUGGGGAAGAACUCCCCUUUCCCAAAUCUGAGAGAUAUAAACCCUCAGAAGAAUUUCUUAAUGCAUGCCGGGCAUUGAGCCAACAUCUGCCAGAAACUGGGACCACCACCGACCAGCUCUUGAAGCAAAGCUUGAACACCAUCAGUCAAGAGUGGUUCCGUGUCUCCAGCCGGAAGUCGUCUAGUCCUGCUGUGGUGGCCACCUACCUCCAGCAUCAUUCCCCACACUUCCUAAAGCUGCUUGUCAACUUGGCUGAUGGAAACGGAAACACAGCCCUUCACUACAGCGUGUCCCACUCCAACUUCUCCAUCGUAAAGCUGCUGCUGGAGACAGGCGUCUGCAAUGUAGACCAUCAGAACAAAGCUGGCUAUACCGCCGUGAUGAUUACUCCCUUGGCUUCUGCGGAAACCGAUGAAGACAUGGCUGUCGUCUGGAAGCUCUUACGAGAAGGAAAUGUGAACAUCCAAGCUACCCAGGGAGGCCAGACGGCGCUGAUGCUUGGAGUCAGUCACGACAGGGAGGAUAUGGUUCAAGCGCUGCUGAGCUGCCAGGCAGAUGUCAACCUGCAGGACCAUGAUGGAUCCUCGGCCCUCAUGCUGGCCUGUCACCAUGGCAAUGCUGACAUGGUGCAGCUGCUCCUGGCACACCCGGCCUGCGACAGCAGCCUCACUGACAAGGCUGGCCGAACAGCUUUGUCCAUCGUUCUGAAAACACCCGCCCACGCGGAAAUUGCAGGGCUUCUGCAGGCCCACGCAGAGCAGGGCAGGUCCCUGGGGCCAUAGGGGCUGCGGAAGGACUGGCAGCCAGCAACAAAAGGCUUCUUCUCGGGACUCCUCCCUUGCCCUUGGAGAGGGCAUGGGUCAUAGCCAGGGGGCCUCCCCUCAAGAGAAGAAGCUAUGUCAAAUAUGCACAAACAUUCCUGUUGUAUAAUUCUGCUCACUAGGAUGCUUUGUAGUUUUGCCUUAGGCCAAGCCCCCAAACAAUGUGGGCUGCAGAGCAGGGUGCUAGGUGCUGGGUGCAUUGGUGUCAUCUAAAAUCCCAUACAUCUUCUGCCUGGAAUUCCUCGUGACUCUACCCUUUGUAGUACCGCUUAGCGAGCAGGAGGGCAGGAGCACAUUAGAAAAGCAAUACUUUUUACAUGGAAUUUCAAAGUGCACCAUCUUUUUGUUUUUUAAUCAAUUAUAUAUGAAUACGUCCCCUUGAAUAUGCAUGUCUGAGUGGAUGGGGGCAGAUUUAAGCAGCCGUCCUGGCAAUAAUUCUUUGGAAGACCCUCGGAGAAUCACCGCGCAGGCAGAUGAAACUGAACGAACUCCCUUUGGAGACUUUGUUCAGCUGGGGUUGACAGAGAAAUCUUAAAUUCAGGCAUGGUAGGAAGAAGCACACUGGCUUCGGUGCCAGCUAUAUAGUGUUGACCAUUUCCAAGUCAUCGAGUGGCUCCAGUUUACUCCAGGGAAAUUGGAAUUCAUCAGGAAAUCCAAUCCAGUAAAGCACACCACAUGUGUUUAGGCAGAGUCCAGUUACAUAGGCUGUUUUGAAAAUAGCAAAUAAAUUGAGUGAGCAUCCUCCUGGGGAUAGGUUAUUGUCAUCCAGAAGCCACGUUUCUGCCAUAGUCGUAUACAUGGCCUCAUGGUGAUCCCAGCUCAUUUCCCCUCAUAGCCUUUAGAAGCUAACUAUGAGCCCCCCUGUGUUUACGGUUCUGAGGCCACAGACUGCAGCAGGGGUGUGGGAGUUGGGCAGAGCAGGGCCCACCCUGGGCUAACAUCUCUCUCCACUAGACAGUUCUUUUUCAAACUUCCGUAAUCCCAGGGCCCACAUGUGCGUGGCUCAUAUUCAGUAAUUCACACAGGGUUUGCCACACAUUAUUUUCUUUCCUAAAGUCUCUUAUGCAUAAAAUCACCUUAUAUAAAAAAAGAAACACAUCAAAUACCGUGAGCCUCACAUUGGAAGCACGCAAGCUCGAGUUCUUAUUUUGGCUGAGAUGCCAAUUUGCUUGGUUCCCCUUGGGUGAGUCACGAAACUUCCUUGGGCCUCAAUUUCCUUGUUUUUAAAAACGGAUAUGAUCAUACAACCUACCUCCUGGGGAUGCUGUGUAAGGCACAGCUGAUGGAAGUUGUGGAAUCCACUUUUAAUCCAUAAAGACUGUGUACAGAAGUUUGCCACUGGGAUGCAUAAGAGAGGCUCGGAGUCGCAGAGAAGCACAGUGGCAUGUGAUGGGGUUGCUCCGAGGUGUAGAGAUGGAGCAAAUAAUAAGCUGAAAAUGCUCUAAAUGGAUUUAUUUUGACCUCCAAGCACCUUUGAACAGCAAAACCCUACAUUAGUAAAUGUUCUACCCAGUGCUUCUCAAACUUUGAUGUGCAGACAUCACCUGGAGAAUGCACUAGGUCUGAGGGGGAGGGGACCUGAGAUUCUGCAUUUGUAAUCAGUCCCUGGGGGGGGGUGCCAAUGAUACUGGGCCACACCACACUUGGAGGAAGUAGCAAGGCUCUGGCUUUUGACUGUUUGUAUAUUAAAAU